AUGGGUGAUAUUCACAAGGACUCCAAAUCCACUGAGAGUCUCACCACGCAAUCGCAAGGGAGCAGCGCGUCGGAGGCGUCGCUGGAGGCGUCGCGCGGCCCGUCCGCCGGCGGGGAGGAGUCCGGCCGAGCCGCGGGGCCGCGCUCUGACCGAGCUCUGUGCAGGGGCGGCGCGGCCGGCUCGGCGCUCGGCUCGGCGCUCGGCUCGGCGGGCGGCUCGGCGCUCGGCUCGGGCGGGCGGCGGCGGCGCACCCUCUCGCUCGGCGCCGACGAGCUGCUCUCGCGCCGCUGCACCGGCACCGUCGACGUCUGGUGGCUCUACGACGACGGAGGUCUGACGCUGCUGCUGCCGUACAUCCUGUCGACGCGGCGCGCCUGGGCCUCGUGCCCGCUGCGCGUCUUCACGCUGGCCAACAAGGCCACCGAGCUGGAGAUCGAGGAGAGGAAG